CCUCCUCCUCUUCCUCCUCAGACCGACGUCUUCAUCGCCAUGGAGCUGAUGGGCACCUGCGCCGAGAAGCUCAAGAAACGCAUCCAAGGUCCCAUCCCCGAGCGCAUCCUGGGCAAGAUGACGGUGGCGAUCGUCAAGGCCCUCUUCUACCUGAAGGAGAAGCACGGGGUGAUCCAUCGCGACGUCAAGCCCUCCAACAUCUUGUUGGACGAGCGGGGUCAGGGGUGGGUGCUGGGGGUCCCCUGGCGCUGUGGGACCCCCAAGACCAUGGGUGCUGCACCCCACAGCCACGUCCCUGUGCCUGUGUCCCCUUCCCUGGGUGACAACGCUGUCCCCACCGUGUCCCCGCAGGUGGAGCUGGCCACGGGGCAGUUCCCCUACCAGAACUGCAAGACGGAUUUCGAGGUGCUGACGAAGGUGCUGCAGGAGGACCCCCCGCUGCUGCCCCCCGCCAUGGGCUUCUCCGGGGACUUCCAGGCCUUCGUCAGGGACUGCCUCACCAAGGACCACAGGAAGAGACCAAAGUACAACAAGUUACUGGUGAGUCCCCGGGGCCACGGUGUCGCGUCCCCCCCCCAGCUGUCACUGUCACACGUGUCCCCAGAGAGGGUCCCCGGCGCUGUCCCAGGGUGCGCACGUGUCCCCUGCCCGGGCAGGCGCGUGCUGCCAUCCCUGGGGGCGUCCUCAGCCUCCCUGUCCCCCUCCCUGUCCCCAUGCACCAGCUGUGUCCCCACCAUGUCCCCACCACAUCCUUAG